AUGCUUAUCUACAAGACGGAACAUCUUGGGGAGAGCGCUUUCUUCACAAAUACCAUUACUGGUGAUCGGCGUGUUUAUAGACCUGGUAAGUAUUAUCAAGCUUCUCGGGACCUAACUAACAAGACUAGGUGUUAUGGACUCCAACCAAAUACAGCUUCAUGCCAAAAUGUCUACAGAGUUCCAUGCCAACAUGUCUACACAGAUUCUGGCCGAAGAUGAUCAAAUUCACGUUCAUGAUGAACCAAGUAUGGCGAUUAUUGAUACUCCGAUGUCCAACCAUGUGUACCACUUGACGCGGCAUCAUUCUGAGCUUGUCGGAAGCGGUUGGAACCUCCCUAUCGACCACUGCCGCCAUAUCUUGAAUUUCCCCGCUGGUAACUCUACGAUUUUCAUUUCUGGUUUUCUCAACAAUUUUGGUGUGCCUUCUUUCUAACGUCCUCGUCCUUGAUAGAAAUCCUAAGAAUGAUACUACAAUGUAUUUUGACGCUCAAUAAGGGCGAAACCAUCACACCAGAAAUUUUCCGAGGCACUUCGAAGCGAAUUUAUGCCGGAUGCAAAGCCACAUACAAGACCUCCCAUCGUGCCCAGUACUCAACACAAUACACCUAUAGCCAAAGAUAUGACAACAAGGGGGCGUAUCUUGAGAUUCAAGCAUUGUUGGGUCGCCUUUCGAUUGAUGCCACCUGUCUUCGAGCUUGCAGAAUAUUCUGUCAGAUAGGAUCGCCGGUCUUGUACGGUCUCAAUACCUUUAAAUUCAAGAUGGCUAACGUCCACGGUCUGAAUGCUCCUGCUUUCCUGGUGGAGCCAAGCUCUGGAAUACUUCUCCAUCCUAACCCCAACAAACCAGGACGAUAUCGCUUGCUCGGGGAGGUCAAAGAGGCCAUCAAGCAAAUAGAGUAUCACAGACCACUUCGAAUACUCUCUAGCUGGGUUUAUUAUGAUCCAUUCUUGAGAUUUCUCCAUGCCAUCGGUCCCCGCAAUGCGUCUUUGAUCACCCACCUUGCCUUCACCGGCGUUGCCAAACUUCAUACCUGCGAAUUUGGUCCUCAUGUGCCACUACCAGGCUGUUUCCUCUGUUCCGAUGAUUUGGUCCAAAGUGGCAGAUUCUACACAAACUUCAUCACCAAGUUCUGCAGUAGUCUCUUCCAGUUGACACUUAUUCCUAAGGAGGAUUGGACUGCUUUGGAUUUUCCCACCAAUCCCCAUGAUUUGCCUGAUUGGCAAGCCAAGACAAUGGAAGAAGCAGUCACAAAGCUCCUCAGAGAAUCCAUCUCCCGUAUCAAGACUCUCCGAAGACUCAAUGUUUUAGAGGUGGACUGGGACUGGUCAAAACCAAGUUUUUGUAACAAAGCUGAUCACAUCGACAAUUUAAUCUACGGCAUGCGCCCUAUGGAUUUUGCGAAACCUAUUAUACCCGAAGUCUUGAGUGAAAUAUCUAAAAGCGCAGUCACAAAUAGCCGCCCAAAUCGAUCCGGUCAAGUAACUCAUUACAAGAACAAGAAGAGAAGUGCCUGUGGUUUUUACGGAGAAAAUCACAAAUGGAAUAAGUGCUGUAACUUGUGUAGUGCUUGCGGAGAAUACAGCCAUUUCAAGCAAACUUGCCCUAACUGGACGAAGCUUUAUAGAGAUAUUCCGCGUGGUAGAUAUCUAAUACAACGUCUCUAA